GGCUGAGAAUGUUCAAAAUCCUAGGGGGUCAGCUUCGUGACUUGUGUCCACCAGCUGCCAACGACCUGAGGGAGAUGGGAAAAGCCUCAAAGGUUCGGGACCCCGCCAGCUGUAGGGCUGGCCUAAGCAUUUCCAUGAUGGGGAUCAGGUCGGGCAUCAUCAUCAUCAUCAGCAAGACCCUAAGGAUUCCGAUCAUGAGGCUCCGAAGGCCUAGGCAUUGGGAUCGAUUUAGGUCGGUGAAGAUUCUGAACAUUUGCAUGCAUGAGCAGCUGCAUAAUGAUCUUCGUCAACAGGAUUUGAAGAUAUAUUCGGAAUAUAAUUGAUCCGGUGAAUCAGAGUCGACUUUUUUUUCAGACAAAAUAAAAGCUGCAAUAAAUCAACACGCUUUCAACGUAAUUGUCGCGAACAAAAGAGAAGAAGAGCAGGGGGCUUUGCUUCCUUCCGCGCUCUCUGCGCGCAAGAGAGAGUAGCGGAGUUUUCAUUUGAUGUAGGAUUGAGGAUCGAGGACAAGGAAAAAAAAUGUCUUGUUCUCUCAGAUCUUCGCCGCGUCUCCUCCACGCGAUUGCCUUGUUCCUGCAGCUCAAUUUUUCCACGGUAGCCGGCACGGGUUUUUUCCUGAAAAGAACGAGGAAAAACCACAGCAGGGCGGAGAACGGGCAAAAAGUUACAGCCUUCUCAUCUCGCACAGCCCGUCCCGAGCCGCCCCCCUUACGCCACGACGCAGAUGUCGUCUUCACAAACAGCCUGACGGACGAAGUCCUCGCGACACUGCCCGUGGAGAUCCCGCGGGAUUUUUCGCACUUCAUGCAGGGACUGAUGUUCCGGCACGAGCUGCGGUCGGCGGAAGGCGCUGCGGUGGAAGAGGAAAAACAACUUGACUCUUCUUCUUCUACUUCAGAAACAGCAGAUUUUUCACAAAUAACAAAUCCUCGUCCCGGUAAAGACGCGGGGAUGAUCUUCCAGUGGGAACACGACGAUAACAACAACCACGGCGCGCGUGGGUUCUGGAUGAAGCAGACUUUCAUCGAUCUGGACAUUCUGUGGUGCGACUCCAAGAAUGAUUUGGUCGAUUUCAAACAGGCCAAAGCCGACGACUUGAACGCGGUGACGCCGAGUCGAAGCGCGAAAUUUGUCGUGGAGGCCCGGAAGGGAUGGGCGGCGGAGAAGCUGUUUGGGAGGAUGUUGCGGAGUGGUGGUGGAGAAGAUGAUAGUAGAAAUGAUAAUCCUAUCAAAUGAAGAAGUGUCUGGGUCUGGAAGAAUGCAACUUGUGAUGCUGCAUUUGGAUUUCAAAAAAAGCUGUAUUGCGUGAGCAGCAAAGGGAAUGCGAUUUUUGCUACGCGGGGAGGGCGUUUGUCAUGCGGAAUAGGCAUCAAGAUGCCCUUAAAACAUCUGCGAUGCUAGGGCAUGCAUCACAGACAUCGCGGCUCAUGCAAAACGUGCAUCACAAGGCUCAAAAUCUUCCAGAUCCAGACAUUUUUGCAUCUGAUAAAUCCCUCGUUCGACAACAUCAAGUGCGCGAUUGAUUUCAAGAACGGGGAGACAUCCUUGCUGGGCGGAAUGAUGCGGCCGCUGGGCGGGAUAUCAAGUGGAAAAAUGUCUGGGUCUGGAAACUUGUGAUGCUGGGCGGCUUAUCAUGAGGAGGCCACAAGUGCUGGCUCAGCAUGAGAAGUUUCUGAGCUUCUAGGUGUUGCCUAUUCUGCAUGACAGACUGCCGGGUGGUAGUUAGGACGUGGACCGGGUCUCCACCUAGGGGUAUCGGCAGAGGCUAAAUCUGUUCUAACGCCCAGGUAUUGGCAGAGGCUAAAUCUGUUCUAACGCCCACCCGCCAGGAGUUAAAUAGUACUGCUACUACUUGCAUGACAGAAAAGUUGCGCUCUUGGGUAACGUGCAUGACAGAUUUGAGAGUCAUGCCAGACACGCAUGACAAACAUGGACUCUUCCAGACCCAGUCAUUUUUACGUUUGAUACGGGAAUGUAGAACACGACGACCACGAUGCCAAAGAAGCAGGAGAAAAACCGCAGCAGUUCUUCAUCGCCAAAGACGACCUCCCAGCGUUCGGCGCGAGUCGGGAGGAUGUGGUGCUGGCGAGGGCGAGGGGGGUGCUGGAUUUUUGAAUACGCUUUUUAUCCUCUCUAUGCACUUUUCACGUGCACUUGAAGUUGAAGUUCUUUGACCGCGAAACACCAGGCUGAUGCUCCCAAGGCACCUACAGAAUCAUUUUUUCCCGGUACGUUGAUGUAAAACGAAUUCCAGAAUUAAUUUUCUUCAGUGGCAUGUACUUACGGUAGUGGUGCUGCUGCGACCUAGAAAGAUCCGG